AUGUGUGGUCGAACAAUAUUGCAGCAUGUCAAGGCGAUCAUCCCCCGGCUUAAGCCAGAGUACCACAAAGGCCAGGCUGGGCGCGUCGGAGUGAUUGGGGGAUCACGCGAUUACACGGGGGCGCCUUUCUACGCAUCCAUGUCAAGUAUGCGGCUGGGGUGCGAUAUGACCCUCACUUUUUGUGCACCUGAGGCUGCGCUGCCGAUCAAGUCCUAUUCACCAGACUUGAUUGUGCAACCAGUUAUGGACUGCGACAUGGCUCCGGAAGAUGUGCGGUCAAUGUUUCGCUCCUUGUUUGCUCGUUUGCACAGCCUCGUAAUCGGGCCGGGCCUCGGGCGCGAUCCUGGGAUGCAGAACCUGGCGCGAAUUGCUAUUGAAGUUGCGCGCGAAGAGAACAUUUAUGUUGUUAUCGAUGCCGAUGGUUUGUGGUUACUGCAAAAUGCACCUGAGGUGAUCCAGGGCUACCGACGCGCAGUGCUGACGCCUAAUGUGGUCGAGUUCGCGCGCUUGUGCAAGUCUUUGGUACGUUACAUGCACUACUUACCACAGAACAUUGAUCAAACGGAUCAGGACACCGCGGCACAGAAGCUCAGUCAAGCGCUCGGCGGUGCGACAAUCUUGGAAAAGGGACCGGUCGACCGUAUUGCCACAGCCGACGAACUCCUCGUUUCAGACAUUCAAGGCGGGCUCAAGCGCUGUGGUGGGCAGGGCGAUUUAUUGAGCGGAUCCCUUGGGACGUUUCUUGCGUGGGCGAAGCGAUACGAAGAAACGCGCGAUGAACUGCCCGAGGGCGAGCGUAUUUCGUCCGAGCGUCUCCCAGCGCUUGCAGCGUUUGGCGCAUCGAGUAUUGCACGCACUGCUUCGCACCUUGGCUUUACACGCCUUGGCCGCAGCAUGCUUGCUGAUGAUCUACUCGGCGAUAUCGGGUCCGCAUAUGAAAGGUAUGUGUCAUUUCCUAUUGACUGUAGUCUUUUUGGGGAUAGGGACGCCCAGUUGUAG